AUGUACUGUAGUUGGUUUUGUUGGUAUAGUACUAUAUUUUCAGCAGAAGUAUUUUAAUUCAGAACGAUAUGAUUCUGAAAAUAUCACUUGCCAAAAGAGACAACAUGUGGAUUGUAAUACAGUACAUACUUUUAAAUCCGGUAUGUAUUGUAGCAGUAUGUAAAAUUCCCCAUUAACGGCAAAAUGAAAUCUAAAUGUUACCCAUGCACAGAACUGCGUAAAACGUAAAAGGCAAUGCAUUUUAGUAAAAGAUUAAAAAAACAACGACACAGUUUCCGGAAUUAAAACAGUAUCCAAAGUCAGUAUUCACAAGUGCAGAAUAUAGUGCUCAAUAAGGCCCUAAUGUCACAGUUCACUUGCAAAUGGAAAUGCACAAAAGCAACUAAAGAUCACAGAUUAAAAAAAAUAAUAAUAAUCACAGCAUCUAAAACUGUUUAAUGAUUAACUGCUUUACAUUACAGUAGCUGGUCUCGUUUGCUUUGUUUUUGCUGCAUUUUCAUCAUGUGAAAAUGGAGGAAGCGCUGUGCAACUGCACAAUAAAGAUAGAGUGAUUUGGCAUGCAAGAAAAAAGAAAAAAAACGCGGGGUGUGACGGUUAAUUAAAUAAAUUGCAACACUGAAGAGAUGAGCUUUGUAUCAGAAAACUGGUGAUGGAGUCAGAAAUCGCAUGUGACGGGACACGUCUAUCAAGUACAUGACAGAUGGCUGUCUCCUGAGGGAAAUUCUCACCGAUGCCAGUCUGAGCAGGUACAGCGUUGUCAUUCUGGAUGAGGCUCAUGAGAGGAGCCUGAACACGGACAUUCUGUUCGGUUUACUGAAGAAGGUGUUCCAGAAGAAGCAGCAAGGAGACAGGAAGGCCCCUCUCAAAGUGGUGGUGAUGUCAGCCACGCUGGAGAUGGAGAAGCUCUCCGAGUUCCUCGAGGACUGCCCUGUCUGCACUAUACCCGGGAGGACCUAUCCUGUCACUGAGAUAUUCUGCAAUCUGAUUGGCCCAAAAGACAGAGAGAGCUCUGUUUAUGUGAAAGAGGUUGUGAAGGUUGCCCUCGACAUCCACACGAAUGAGCCAGCUGGGGAUAUCCUCGUGUUUCUUACAGGCCAAGCGGAAAUCGAGAAAGCCUGCGAUGCACUCUAUGAGAAGGCUGAAUCCAUAGAUUAUCGGUAUGAUAUUGAAGACCGGUCAGUUAAAGGACUCCUGAUACUCCCAUUAUAUGGAUCCAUGCCCACUGAUCAACAAAGGCAAAUAUUUCAACCUCCUCCAGCUGGCAUCAGAAAAUGUGUGAUUUCCACAAAUAUUGCUGCAACAUCUCUAACUGUAAAUGGAAUCAGGUACAUUGUUGACAGUGGAUUUGUGAAGCAGCUGAACCAUAAUUCAAGGGUGGGUCUGGAUAUUCUGGAAGUGGUGCCGAUUUCAAAGACUGAGGCGAAACAGAGGGCAGGCAGGGCUGGAAGGACGUGUGCUGGGAAGUGCUUCCGGAUCUACAGCCGGGAGUUCUGGGAGAAGUGCAUGCCGGAGUACACCAUUCCGGAGAUCCAGAGGACCAGCCUGACUUCCGUCAUCCUCACCCUGAAGUGCCUUGGGGUCCAUGAUGUCAUCAGGUUUCCAUACCUGGACAGUCCUGAGGAGAGGUUCAUUUUAGAAGCUCUGAAGCAGCUAUACCAGUGUGACGCCAUUGACAGGAGAGGCCAUGUGACGAGAUUGGGACAGUUUAUGGUGGAGUUUCCUCUUCCCCCAGGCCUGACUCGGGCCCUGUUAAAAGCAGCGGCCCUGGGCUCCGAGGACAUUCUCCUUCCUAUAGCUGCUAUGCUCUCUGUUGAAAAUGUCUUCAUUCGACCAGGCCAGCCCGAGAAACAGCAGAAGGCUGAAGAGAAGCACCGGGAGCUUGCAGCUGAAAUGGGCGGCUGCAAUGACUUCACAACACUGCUGAAUAUCUUUCAAAAGUGCAAAGCAAGUGACUCCCCUGUGUCUUGGUGCCAGGAUCAUUGGAUCCACUGGAGAGCCAUAAAAUCUGCUUUCAGUGUUGAGACUCAGCUGCAGGAAAUACUGGCCCGACUCAAGCAGCUGAGUGAUUUCCCAGUUGAAAAGUUUGAAGGUUCUCAAAACGAAAUGCUUAGACAAUGUCUAUGUUUGGGAUAUUUCAGCAAUGUCGCUAGAAGAUCUGUCGGGAGAACGUUUUGCACAAUGGAUGGGCAUGGAUCUAUAGUUCACAUUCAUCCAUCCUCAGCAUUGUUUGAGCAGGAAUCCCAGAUGGACUGGAUUAUCUUCCAUGAUGUGCUGGUAACCUCCAAGAUAUACGUGAGAACAGUGUGCCCUAUCCGCUACGAAUGGGUCAAGGACUUGCUGCCAAAGUUACACGAGAUCGAUGUGUACGAGCUGAGCAGUGUGGCGAGGGAGGAGGUGACAGAGGAGGAGGUGGCAAAGUGGGAAAUUAAAGAAACGGCCAAAAGACAAAAAGCAGAAGCACAGGGGGAGGCUCUGAAGAAACUGGAGAAGAGGAACGAUGAGAGCUCUGUGUGCGACGCUCGGGCACGCUACCUGCAGAGAAAGCAGGAGAGGGAAGGGAAGCAGGGGAAAGUGCAGUGAAGGAGGAAACGAGAAGCACGGGGGGGAUGCCCAUCUCAGGAAGCAAGACCUCGGGGGCCUGGAAUGUCAUGCUUUCUAUUCCCCUCCUCCCAGCUGAGACAACAUCCAGGGAGCAAUGCUGAGGGGGCUGGAGCCGUGCCACUAUGCGGAAAUCUCUUGAUCUGUGUUGAUCAACUCUGCAGGAAAUGUUGUAAAUGCCAUUGCAUAAUGUAUACUAUUACUGAUCAAAAAAGGAUAGAACGGUAACACUCAUGAUUGUUAAAAUGUAUUCUGUGAGCUGGAAUUGAGCUUGUGGUAUGUGUUCUAGGGAAGAUAAAUGUGCAAAGAAUGCUCUUGCUUUUUGAAGAACCAGAAAUCUGAAUGGGGAAGCUGUACAACUUUUUAAUAUAAGUGGCAGUUCACAUGAGUAAGGUUUGGAUUAAGGCUGUUCAUAACUCACCCCUAAAACCAGACUGGUUAAUUUAAGGAAUCACAUUCUGUAAUAAACAAUUUGCAUUACCUUUGUUGUUGAACAGAAUACAAAGGCUAUCUUUAUUAUCUCUUUAUGUAGUCUUAAUCAAGGUAUAAAAACAAGAUUGCAUAAGGAUUUUUUCACUCCUUUUUCACAGCAUUGACACCUUAUUGUAGGAGUUUUUAAUGGCUAUAUCUGGGGAACCUUAUUUAUAGUAUGGGGUAUGUACUGCUGUUAUUGACAUGGGUAUUGAGUUACUUGGUUUUCUCCUUAAAGCCUUUAUUCCCAAAUCUCCAAAAUUGUUAUAUACCGGUAGUUAUUUAACUCUCUUGUUAUAAAACUCACGUGUGUUUUUAUGUCUUGAAUAUUCCUAACAAAGUAGAAUAGUAGAUGGCAUCCCUUCGAGUCUCUGUCUUGUUUGGCAUUCCCCGACACAUUUGUUCUCUGCUGAAUGAUGGGCUUAUUGUGAAAAUGUUGUUAAAAAAUGUUUUGCUCAGGCCAUUUACAAAGUAAAGCUAAUGUUGAUGGAUGGAUUUUAAUUCCUCUUCAUGUCCUCCUGUAGAUCACGAUACAAGGUGUACUGCAAUACUGUAGGUAACACACACUGCUAAUUGUAUUCCAGAGUUCUGUCCUUAUGGGAUUCAUCCAUGACGGGUUCUCAUUGUUUAAACCAGAAUCACAGCAGGGAGUAAUUCAUCAUUAGAAAGACACCUUUAUUGCAAGUAGGGAAGCCAACUCUGGUCAAAGACAGGUUAAACUUUUGAACCAAACUAUUAGAGAAAAUACAGUAUACAAAACGUAAUGAAGGAUACCAUUCAUUGUGAAAGUUCAGCUAUUUAUCCCAACCUGUAGCAUAACUACUGAAUUUCAGAGCAUAGACAUGCUCUAUAGUCAUUCCUUGUUGCAGAAAAUAACCUAGAAGUACUUUAACUUUUUUUUUUUUUACAGCAAUAUUCUGAAACUAUUUUGAUUAAAGGAAUUUAUUGUAUACAAUAAAGUUUUUAUUUGUUAC